UGCGACAGGUCUCGACUUGUCUGUACUUUAUCGUUUACUGGCGCAAGGCCUACUGCAAACGAGCUAGCGACCUUGCUUUAUGUAACCUCGGCACAGGAGCCCAAGUACAACCACGACACACAAUGCUACUGGUUCGCCGCAACUGUGUUUGAUGCUCUCAACAUACUAUAUGACGGUGCCAAGCAAGAUCCUACGCCCCAUCAGGGGGACGGGGAAGAGGUGUGCGCCAAGUAUCGUGGUGCUCGAGCUGCUUUAGCCGAGGAAAUUGAGCAAGGAAGCCACGAAAAGGAAGGGCAGAGGGAGCGCGAGCAACGUGAAGCUACCGAGCAGGAAAGGCAGAAGGAACGCGAGCAACGCCAGGAGGCCGAGGAAAGGGCACGGGCAACGCAGGAAGAGAUUGCGAAGUUGCUCCAGGAAGUGGAGGUGUUGAAGAGAGCGGUGGCAAGUACUCAACAGGCUUGAUGGACGGUGCUGGCCGCACAUAUACUUAUACCAGUCUCGCUUUUUCCUUGUCAUUCCCGGACUGCAUACGAUACGACUCCAUGCUUUUCAAUAUUGUCAUUAGUGGAUGUCACGACAUCUCUGUCUAUCUAACUGCCUUAUUACCAUCACUCCUGGGGAUCUCAGGCGUAU